UAGUUAUGUCCGAGAGUAGAGUAAAUAUUUAGGUCCAAAAAUUAUGGCUUGUUAGAGUUGAGUUUAAUGAAACGAUAAUUAGUUAUGAAUUCGAGUAUGGAAACACUUACGGGGUCCAGUGGAAAGGAAGAAAACGGAAGCUUGGUACUGGAUAAUAUGUCCAAUGUGAGUUGGGCUGCCUACAACGCUUUUCGCUGUGAUCUGGCCAAGGUGCAGAAGACUUUCAGUAGCUGCACUCAGACGGAGUUCACCGAGGAGGUUGGCACAAUAACCGAAUUGCAGUUGGGCUGCAAGUUCCCAGCCAGAGCUCCAGCUCAACAAGACAAUGGACAAAACUAAUAGAGACGCCACCGAACCAUUGCCACACUGCUCGACAGGGUCUGCCAGGCAAACUAAAGCCAUCGAGUUCAAAAAGUCAAUAACAAUUCUAUUCAAUGCCAAGGAAGAACAUGCUGUCCUUCGACUAAGCCAGUCGGACACAACCUUUGAGCGGAGUCCGAGCACUUUGUUGAGGGGUGCCAACCUCUUGCGGAGCAGCAAGUCAGUGCAAAUAACGCCCAAGUCGGCUGCCGUUGAACACGUAGCAACGGAUAUUUCAGAAUCUGCUACGACAGUAUUGCCAGCUGCUUCGCGAACCUCGACUACAUCAGCACUCAAUUACAAUGGCAGCGAAUCCACCAUUGGAAGCGCCGAGCUGACUGUGACUGAUUCCCAUUCCUCGGGCUAUACGACGGAGACCAGCUAUCGCACAGCCACAGCUGGCAGUAUUUAUAGCCUGGGUAAUUCCACUUAUCAGCGUAUACGACGUCAUAAUGUGGAAAACUAUAUACGUGAGAUACAUGUAGGUGUGGAAGCCAACGCAACAGAGGCACAAGUUCAGGCAAUACGCGACGAUCUGCGCGAUCUGCUAAGCAACGAGGUAGAUCUGAUCCAUGAGACAUCUGGUGGGAGCAGGCGAGCCGUUUAUCUAAUUGCCUAUCAAUAUAUGUAGGCUGUAUAUCAAAUAUAAAAUU